AUGUCGCCGUCAUCCAGCCCGACCCCAAACGAAGACCGUUGCCUCCUGAGCAAGCACCAGCAGAGCACCCUCGGCGCCGCAAGCUCCCAGAGGCGCUCGCUCAGUCCGGAUCACGCGUCUCUCCUCGACGGACACCAAUACUAUGAUCUUUCAGGGGUCCUGAAGACGUCGUUCAAUCUGUAUUCCUUACGCAGCAGCCUACCGCGAUCGCGGGUGUUUGCGCGAAUACCUCACAGACACACAUCAUGGAGUCACGGUAGCAUCGCUGUGGGCCGGGGGGCCAGACGAGGAUAUGCUUCAGACCAGGCCGCCGCAGCCGCCACGGAACCACCACCUGAAUUCAAGACGAAAGAAGAUACCGAAGAGCUUCCAGACAGAGGGCGCUACGAUCCCUUCUCCAAGCGUCCCAAUCUCCGAAAAUUACUCGAUGCAGUCGGGGAGCAAAGCCCCUACGAAAUAGACUCCAUUGCGGACAAGAAGCAUACACCCAUAGGACUGACAUACUCUACCGAUUUAAGAGGGCCGAGGGCAAUGCCACAGGAGGACCAAUCCAAGCGAGUACACAUCUUAGGAUACGACCCCCGCGCGUACUUCAUUGCACACGAGCUAGCUGGCAACCCACAUCUCGACCCUGUCAAGCUUCUUGUCCACAAAGGAAAUGUCAUGAAGUCGUGGCGGCUUGAGGGCGAGCAAGUGAGCGUGUGGAGGGGACUCGAGAGGAGCAGUCGGGGGCGUGGGCGUGCAGAGGCGGAGUGGAUAGGCCGGGGCCAGAACGAGCCCAGCAACGAGCACAUUGAUCAAUUGAUUGUGACACUCGCCUGUGGAGUGACCAAGACUGCACUCGAGAACAUCAUUCACAGAAUCGACAACCGGACUACCAUAUGCCUAGUCCAGGAGGGCUUAGGUGUCAUCGAGCACUUGAACGCGACACUCUUCCGGGACCCGACGAAGCGGCCGCACUACGUCCUGGGCCACAUGGCUGCCUCCCUGGGAUACAACAAGCAAUGGUUUUUCGGGGCGAAGCUGAGGCAGCCAGGGAAACUAUUUCUUCAUGCAGUGGAGAGGGGUGUAGACCUACUACCCAUAUUCAAAUUCCACCCACCUGUUGAGCGGCGGUCGAAUGCGACACAGUUUCUGCGAACACUGGUAACGACACCUGGCUUGCAUGCAGGCGGGUACAGCCUGGAGAACUGGCUCAUUCAGAAGCUCCCUGCGUUGGUCUUCAGCAGUGUUAUCGAGCCGAUGGCGGUCGUCCUGGACACGACAUACGACAACAUCCCGGGUAACGAGCACGCCAUUCAGCUGGCUGAUGAGCUGCUGGAUGAGCUGUUCAAUGUGAUUAUGGCUUUGCCAGAGCUCACCAACUCGUCAAAGGUCGUGGAGCACUGCGGGCUGGGCGCGCUGCGUAAGAAGACCAUCUCUCGGCUCUACGAGAAGGGUGCGUCGCAGAGUAACAUGCUCAGCCGCGUGCGUGCGGGUCAAUGGGUCGACAUCGAUUACCUCAAUGGCUACUUUGUUAGGAGGGCCCGGGAACUGGGCAUCAAAGUCCCGCAGAAUGAGAUGGUGGUAGACGUGGUCAAGGCGAGGAUACAUAAACGGAGGAACGAGAUGCAGAACGCCAUCCCUUUUGAGUUCGACAAGGCUCUGAACAGGCCUGUUUCCUGA